AUAAGAAAGGCUACAGUUUUAAACAAACAAAGUUUACUUACCGUAGGGUUAUUUUUCACUUCCUUGAACUGUUCCACCAUUGUUUUACGAUCUGUUCUUCGAUAUUUCAUUAUUCCUCGAAGGAUUUUAUCCAUGUCUAAGCCUAUUCACACACUGUUCUACUGUAAGCUGUACGAACUCGGCUAACCCUUUCCUAAUCCAAGGUCCAUUGCGUAUAAUGGCUGAUAGUGAGAGUGCAAAGUGCGUACCGGCAUCAAUUUUAACUUAUUUUGGGAGAAGAAUCAAUCCAAGUGGAAGACUGCUGAUCUCUGGGGGAGCUUGUUGAACAACUUCCAAGAAAAAGCAGGAAAACGGCGCUGUGUUCCCGUGAGGCGGAAUCUAGGAAUGUCAAUUUUGCUUCUGCUACGUGUAUUAUAGCUAUGAACAUCUCCUGGUCUUUAGUAGCUCAAUGUUCGACCUGAUGUGUACAAGAGAGGAGAAUAUAUACUGCCCAAUAACAAGAGAUAAGCUGACCCUUGUCGUCAGCUGUGACGUGUUAUCUGCCGUACCCCUCAUUGCUCAAGUGCGUCUGCUGUUGAAGUUAGUGUUUUAGAAGAAGAGUAAAACGUGUUUUCAAGAAGAAUGUCACUCACAAGAAUCCUCAGGUUAGGAUUAUGGUUUUUUGAUGAGCCGAAUCACUCAACACAGAGGGUAGGAUGGAGAAGUAUAGUUACCGUCGUCAAACCGACUCAUCAGUCUGCAAAGGUGAAGAAGGCUCGGAUAAAAAAGCUGUUGAUUGCCAACCGAGGAGAGAUCGCCUGUCGAGUCAUGAGAACGGCUCGGCGACUCGACAUUCAUUCUGUAGCGGUCUAUAGUGAUGCAGACAAACGUGCAAUGCAUGUCAAUAUGGCAGACUCAGCUUACAAUAUUGGACCUCCUCCUUCUCGGGAGAGUUACUUGUGUGCGGACAAAAUCUUAGCGGUUGCUCACGACAGUGGGGCCGACGCUAUCCACCCGGGCUACGGUUUCCUCUCGGAAAACGCAGAAUUUGCCGAGCAGUGCCAGAAGGAAGGUGUGAUCUUCAUAGGUCCUCCUGCCUCUGCGAUCCGAGACAUGGGAAUCAAAAGCACAUCCAAAGCAAUAAUGUCGGCUGCUGGAGUGCCAGUGAUUGAGGGUUACCAUGGCGAUGAGCAAUCAGAGACGAGAUUGGCCGAAGAGGCGGAUAAGAUUGGUUUCCCAAUCAUGAUCAAGGCGGUUCGAGGAGGAGGUGGUAAGGGGAUGCGUAUUGCCAUGACUAGAGAAGAGUUUCUCUUCGCGUUGGGUUCCGCUCGGAGAGAAGCGUUGAAGGCGUUCGGUGACGAUGCAGUGUUGCUGGAACGCUAUGUUCGCUCACCGAGACAUGUUGAAGUCCAAGUGUUCGGAGACCAGUAUGGCGACUGUGUGUAUUUGUUUGAACGAGACUGUAGCGUUCAGCGACGUCACCAGAAAGUCAUCGAGGAAGCACCUGCGCCGGGAGUUUCGCCAGAGUUACGCAGACAGCUGGGUGUAGCGGCUGUAAGAGCUGCCCAGGCUGUUGGCUACGUAGGAGCUGGCACUGUAGAGUUCAUCCUGGACCCUCACGAUCUCAGCUUCCACUUCAUGGAAAUGAACACCAGACUCCAGGUGGAACACCCGGUGACGGAGAUGAUCACGGGAACGGACCUGGUCGAGUGGCAGAUCAAGGUAGCUAGUGGCGAGAGACUACCGGUCAGACAGGAACAGUUGUCACCUCAAGGACAUUCGUUUGAGGCUCGUGUCUAUGCAGAGAGUCCUGAUGCUAACUUUAUGCCUGGCGCCGGACCUCUUCUUCACCUGUCACCCCCCACCACUGAACCAUCCGUUCGCAUUGAGACAGGGGUUCAGCAGGGUGACGAAGUUAGCGUACACUACGACCCAAUGAUAGCGAAGCUGGUGGUGUGGGGCUCCGAUAGACAAGCUGCCUUGGACAAGUUGAGGACGAAACUAGCUGAAUAUCAGGUUGUAGGUUUGGACACGAAUCUAGAGUUUCUGCGCAGGCUGACGUUGGAGCCGGAGUUCAUCGAAGGUCGGGUUCACACAGGGUUUAUAGAAGAGCACACUGAGACGCUUCUAGGCGAGCGGCCAGUACCUCAGUCUGCGGUAGUACAGGCUGUUCUAGGCAUUGUACUGCAUGACAAGGCACAGGCAUUGGCUCAAGCUGCUGAAUCUAAAGACCCAUUCAAUCCCUUUAACACUCUCACAGGCUUCAGAGUCAAUGGGCAGCUGACCAGACAAAUACGGCUGCUUCAUAGACAACAAGAGUACGAGGUGCAGGUGGUGUACGAGGCUGACAGUUACACAGUGACAGUGAAGGGGGUCGGCACAGUUCAAGUGUCUGGUCAACUAGACAGCAGCGGCUACCUGACGACGCAGCAGGACAGACAAGGCAGGUCUAGGUGUAAGAUUGUCAUGCAGGAUGCUUAUACACUCCACGUCUUCACUUUGGAAGGUGCCUAUAAGUUUGUCCUACCGCAGUACGAUGGUAGUGGGGCCAGGGAGGGGGGAGUGUCAGACUCCCUGGUGGCCUCUCCCAUGCCUGGGGUCAUAGACAAGGUGGUCGUCUGUCCAGGGGACAAGGUCAAGGCAGGAGAUCCCCUGGUGGUUGUCAUAGCGAUGAAGAUGGAGCAUGUGAUCAAGUCACCCAAGGAUGGAAUCAUUGAAAGGAUUCUGUACCAAGCCGGGGAGAGCGUCAGCAAAAAUGUUCCUCUGAUUCAGUGGCAGGAAUAACAAUGUUGAUAACAAAUGGACGUGGUGAGAAAUCUACAGGGAUAUAUUGUUAAGUUUUAUCCUUUUUUUUUACUUUUUGUUACUAUUUUUAAUUGCUGUGCUGUUUAUUGUGCCAUAUUUUUAGUCUAUUUCUCAAAUAUUUACAGCCGAGUUAAAAAUAGGCUAAGUUACUUAAAUACUUCGUUACUUUUUACAGGUCUCAUUUUAGCGUAGCUUGAAAUGUAUUAUUCUUGUUAUUUUACGUUACUUAUUAUAAUUGUAAAUGUAAGUUUUAGUAGCCUAGUAUUGUUUUAUAACAGUUUCCUGUACAUUUUAGUGAUAUGUAAAUGUGAUAUUAAUCUGUAUGGUGAUAUGUAAUAUUUAAGGUUCCUCAGUGACUUGUUUUGUACUGCAAAGACUUAUCUUACCCAUACUUAUUUACAAUUGUUGGGAUUUUAUAGUUUUGUAAUGAAUAUACAGAUUUUCCAUUAAAAUUGUUUUUGUUACAUGA